UGCCUUUCCCUCGGCGGGUAUCCUUAGUACUUUUACAUCCAGGACGACCUCUGAGCGGUAUCAAGCCUUGUGUUUCGGAACCAUCCUGUGCUGUAUGAACCCUUCAACCCCUUUGCAGGGCUGGUACCUUUUGGAAAAGCCGAAAAAGCCAGAGAUCGAAUUCCUGUCACGUUGCGCAAUUCAGCAACACAUACAAUUGUCAACCAUGAGUAGCCCCCUUAAAGAUGCGCCAAAGAGUGUGGCGUUCGCGAGGACCGAGGAACAUGUGGUCUCCAACGAGGAUGGCGAUCAAACGACGCCCAAUCCGCCAGUUUUAACGAGGGCGAUGUCUGGUUCUUCCUUCGACCCGUCAGACCCGAAUUUCGACUUUGAGCGAUGGACCCGCAACAUUAUUAAUCUGAGAACAGAAAUGGGUAUUCCUGCCCCACCUCGAUCCGGGGUUUUGUUCAAGGACCUCAGCGUCCAUGGCUAUGGCCAGCUCAAUAGACAGCGAAGGACAGCAAGGGGUGCAAUGUCGAAGAUGCUUCAGCAAUUCCAUCGACGCAAGGAAACUAAGUCCUUGCCCAUCAUCCAGGGAUUCAUCGGUGUCUUAGAAAAGGGAGAGUUGCUGCUUGUCCUGGGCCGGCCUGGCAGUGGCUGUUCAACGUUUCUCAAAGCCAUCGUUGGAAAAUUGGAUGGCUUGCAGCUAGGAGGUGGCUCAACUCUCAUAUACAGUGGUAUCCCUGUUGAUAUAAUGAUCAACCAAUUCAGGGGAGAGCUAGUUUACAACCAGGAGUUAGACGAGCAUUUCCCCUACCUGACUGUGGGACAGACAUUGGAAUUCGCGGCCGCUGCACGCACACCACGUCUCCGUCUGCCGGGGGUUUCCAGAAGCGACCGAAUCAAGCACCUGGUCGAUGUCGUCAUGACUGUAUUCGGGAUCAAACACACGUAUAACACUAUCGUUGGUAACGAUUACGUCCGUGGAGUAUCAGGGGGCGAGAGGAAAAGGGUGUCGAUUGCGGAAAUCGCCCUCUUUGGAGCUGCCGUCUCGUCUUGGGAUAAUCCGACUCGCGGGCUAGACGCUGAUACUUCUUUGAAGUACGUGAGAAGCCUAGCGGUGCUUUCACAGCUGACACAAUCGUCAAACGCAGUGGCCCUCUCCCAAGCUUCUCAGGCCAUAUAUGACCUUUUUGACAAGGUUCUUGUGCUUUAUGAGGGACGGGAGAUCUUCUUUGGCCGUGGCGCUGCCGCCGCUGAAUACUUUGAAAAAAUGGGCUGGCGCCGCCAUGCCAGGCAAACAACGGCAGAUUUCAUUGUUGGGGUAACCAGCCCCGCUCAUAGAGCGACUAGGGAUGGCUUCGAGGAGCGAAUUCCGAGAACUGCAGAAGAUUUUGAAAAGUACUGGAGAGAGUCCCCGUACUUUGUCGAGCUGAUGGCAGAGAUUGAAGCGCUACUCGGAGAGUUCCGGAAUCGGGCGGACCAGUCACUCGCGGAGUUUCAAGAAUCUCGCAAACUCCAGAAGAUGAAGUACAUGCGUUCCCGAGCGCCUGAGACGAUAUCCUUCCCGAUGCAGACGUGGCUUUGCAUGAGGCGAUCAUACCAGCAGCUGUGGAACUCGAAGGCCUCGACGCUGACGGCUCUGGUCGGUCAGAUCGUUAUCGCUCUGAUUGUUGGAUCCAUUUUCUACGGCACCCCUGCCUCGACAAGUGCUUUCUUCGCAUACGGCUCUGUCCUGUUCUUCGCGGUUCUGCUGAACGCCUUGAUGGCUGUAACAGACAUGCACAAUCUCUACCAACAUCGGCCGAUUAUCCAAAAACACGUGUCGUUUUCUCUGUACCGACCGUCGGCCGACGCCCUAGCCAGAAUCUUGAUAGAUAUUCCUGUCAAGCUUGUUGUGGCAACAUGUUUCAACCUAUUCCUCUAUUUCCUGUCUGGCCUAGCCGCCACACCGGCUCAGUUUUUCACCUUCUUCCUCUUCGUCUUCGUGUCCACGUUAGUCAUGUCCCUUGUCUUUAAGACCGUCGCUACGGUCACGUCAACGCUAGCCCAAGCAAUGGCUAUCUCUGGCUUUCUCAUCCUUGCUUUAGUCAUCUACACUGGGUUCGUUCUCCCGAGCCAGUACAUGCAUCCUUGGUUCAAAUGGUUCUCCUACAUCAACCCACUAGCAUACGCCUUCGAGGCGCUCUUAGUGAACCAGGCGCACGGAGUAUACUACCCAUGCGACAGUUUUAUACCCUCUUAUCCAGGUCAAACAGGCCAGACCUUCAUUUGUCCGAUUCCUGGAGCAGUCGCAGGAGAGACUUAUAUCUUGGGCGACGCUUGGUUCGAGGCGAGUUAUGGCUACGCAUACUCCCACCUUUGGCGUAACCUCGGAAUCCUACUCGGGUUCUUAGUGUUUUUCCUUGCGCUACAUCUCCUUGCCAUGGACCUCAAAUUAGGGGCUGCCACCCCGGCCAAGAGUCUCAAAUCUCAUAGCGACCUUGUUUCGGACGCAUCAUCCGAUAGGGUAGGCAAAGGUAAAUCCAGGCAGGACCCGGAGGCUCUUACCCUGGUCGGCUCACAAGCAGAUGUAUCAUUCCAUCCAUCACGACCCGCCAACGCCUUCCUACUCACGGAACCUCGACCAAAACUCGCCUGGAAGGGUAUAAGCUAUAGCGUUACCAUCAAGGGCGAACCUCGACAACUACUCAACAACGUUUCCGGGUGGGCUGAUAUCGGCACCAUAACGGCGCUCAUGGGCGUCUCGGGGGCUGGCAAGACAACGCUACUGGACGCUCUGGCGCAGAGGCUGCGAGGCGGUGUAUCGUCUGGCGAGCUUUUCCUCGAUGGGAAGCCUAUCUCGGCGUCGGCAAGCGGGACAUUCGGCUACGUACAACAGCAGGACAUUCAUCUUGAGACCUCUACUGUGCGCGAGGCGUUACAGUUCUCAGCCUGCCUCCGCCAGCGCGAGUCGACAUCUGCACAGAGCGGUCAACAGAACUACACAGUGGAAGACGUCAUCCGACUCCUGGGCAUGGAAGCGUUCAGUGACAACAUCGUAGGUCGUCCCGGAAAUGGUCUCAGUGGCGUACAGCGGAAGUUUCUGAGCAUUGGCGUUGAGCUCGUUGCCAACCCAAGACUCCUGCUACUCGACGAACCGACGUCGGGCCUCGACAGCCAGUCGGCACUGUCCAUAAUGGCAUUGCUCCGGCGCCUCGCCAACAACGGCCUAGCCGUCAUCUGCACGAUCCACCAGCCGAGCGCCAUGCUGUUCCGUGAUUUCGAUCGGCUCCUACUGCUCACACGAGGCGGCAGGGCGGUCUACUUUGGAGAGAUUGGGGAGGACGCACGAACGCUGGUGCAAUAUUUCCAGAGCCACAAGGCUCGAAUAUGCCGCACGGCGGAGAACCCGGCUGAGUAUGUGCUGGAAGUUAUCGGGAGCAGCGGGAGCCAAAACCACACCGAGGCGAAACGCUGGCCGCACGUCUGGAAGGAGUCGCCACAUGCCAUGGAAGUUUCAGACCAGCUUGCUAGACGGAUAAAUGUAGUACAAAACAGGCAGCCGGAGCGUAUCCAGGCCGACUCACAACACGGCCGCCAUCCAUCCGCGGUAUCUCUAUGGACGCAGAUGUCGCAGCUUUGCCUACGGCUUACCCGCCACUACUGGCGAUGCCCAGCCUACAUUAGGAGUAAGGUUGCGCUGAGCACACUAGGGUCCCUACUUAUAGGGUUCUCGUUCUUUCAACCCGGAUCUUCCAUCCUGGGCGUUCAGAAUGCCAUCUUCGCCAUUAUUCUGUUCUCUCCCAUCUUGAGCAGUUUGGCACAGCAGAUCAUGCCACAGUUCCUGAUCCAGAGGAACCUGUAUGAGGGCAGGGAGCGGUACUCGCGGGUAUACUCCUGGGCCGUCUUUAUCCUUGUCAACAUCCUGAUCGAGAUACCGCUCCACAUUGUCAUCGGAAUCACGAGUUUUGCCAUUGUCAACUACACAGUAUUCGGUAUUCGCAGCGCGGAGGAGCAGGGCCUCACGCUCCUUUUUUUCGUUUACUUCUUCAUCUUUGCCGGGACCUUUGCCCACAUGCUGAUCGCGUCGCUUCCCGACACGGUGACUGCAGGCCGUAUCGCCACUAUCCUCUUCUCAAUGAUGGUCCUCUUUGCCGGUGUCUUCCAGCCGCCCGCAGCUCUGCCCGACUUCUGGAUCUUUAUGUACUAUGUAUCACCGAUAACCUACUUUGUCCGCGGGGUCGCCGUUGCCGGGCUAUGGGACAACCCGGUCGAGUGCUCCAUCUCGGAGCUGGCGGUCUUCCAGCCCCCGGCUGGCCUGACAUGCGGGAUGUACUUGGAAGCCUAUCUCGCCGGCGGCGCUCCAGGGAGGCUGCUCAACCCGGAGGCCACUAGCAACUGCACGUACUGUCCACUCUCGUCUGCUAACCAGGUUCUGGCGAGAUCCAACAUGUACUACGCACAGGUGUGGGCGGACUGGCUGAUUGGUUUCGCCUACAUUUCGUUCAACAUUGCUUGCACAUUUGGCUUCUACUACCUAUUUAGGGUUCAGCAGUGGGGAAAGUGGGUAGCGAAGGCUCACGGGCUCGCGAGGCGCCGGGAUGGAACAUUAUGAGUUAAAUUGUGCUCUGGGAGAUCCAAAGAGGCU